GGUCUACUGGUUUCCCAGUCAUUCCUUUGAUAGCUUGAUUUUGUUUUCUUUGUCUCUUUUUCACAAACCUCACCUUGUUGGAGGGGGAGGGCACUAAAAAAGUGAGGACAGAGUGGCUUUUUCUGCUAUGUCUGAACUGUGUCUAGUGCUACAGAUCUCUGACCUGUUGUCAGGAGUGGAGAGGGGCGAAAAGAAAUAUUUAGGAACUUGAAAACCAGUGAAUAUUCUCUUAAAGAAGAAGUGAGCAAUUGGGCAUAUAGGGAAAAAAUCUAAUUGGUGUCCUCGUUUCUGCAGCCCCUCUCCCUCAAGAAGAGCAAUGUCUUGGUAGGAAAAAGGAAAGACACCUGGGAAAGGUACCAAAUAGUAAGGGCUAGGAAUAGAAAGAAGAACCAAAGAUAAAAAGGAAUUGAGCCUGGGCGCGGUGGCUCACGCCUGUAAUCCCAGCACUUUGGGAGGCCUGAGGCAGGAGGAUCACCUGAGGUCAAGAGUUUGCAGACCAGCCUCGCCAACAUGGUGAAACCCCAUCUCUACUAAAAACACAAAAAAUUAGCCAGGCGUAGUGGCGGGCGCCUGUAAUCCCAGCUACUUGGGAGGCUGAGGCAGGAGAAUCGCUUGAACCCGGGAGGCGCUGGUUGCAACGAACCGAGAUCACGCUACUGCACUCCAGCCUGGGCGACUGAGUGAGAAUUGAGAAGAAAUGGCAAUUAUCUCAGAGGACUUAAUGAGUACCUUUUGUGUGUCCAGCCGUCAUAGGCAGAAAAGACACAUCUCUGACCUCUAGAAGCAUCCAGGGUAUAUGCAUACGUAAGCACUUUGUAGCAAUUUAAGAUAGUAAAUACCAAAGAGAUAAAAAUAGCUAAUGGGAUACUAAGUGUUUAUGGGGGCCAAAGGGCGGGGGCUAUUACUGAGUUAGGAUAAACAGUGUAUAAAAGCAGGGAUAGUUAUGAAAUUCAGAAACUGCGUAUAUGGGCGGCUGACAGUAAUUCUUCGACACUGGGAAACAUAACGGAUUCAAAAGAAUUCUUCAUCUCAGAUUCCUCUAAAACCAAGUCUUCAAGAAUGGGAGUCCAAAGAAACCUGGACCAUCGUGAAGCGACUGCCCCCGGAACUUGAGUGGCCAGCUCCACUUUGCGACACGGAGACUGUUUGUGUGACACCUCCUCCAGCUCCCGUCCCCCUUCCGCCGCGUGGGUGCCAUGGCAACGGAGAGAGACGGCAUCCUGGGUUCCGGAAGCCGGAGAGCUGGAGCUUUGAAGCCACCCCGGUCAAAGGAUGCUGAGUCCGGAGCGCCUAGCCCUACCGGACUACGAGUAUCUGGUUUUAACAGUGUAUGCCAGGGAACACACAUUCUCUUUCGAGAAUUCAGCUUCGUCCAAGCCACCCCCCACAAUAGGGUAUCAUUUUUACGGGCCUUCUGGAGAUGCUUCCGAACUGUGGGCAAAAAUGGCGAUUUGCUGACCAUGAAAGAAUAUCACUGUUUGCUGCAAUUACUGUGUCCUGAUUUCCCGCUGGAGCUCACUCAGAAAGCAGCCAGGAUUGUGCUCAUGGACGAUGCCAUGGACUGCUUGAUGUCUUUUUCAGAUUUCCUCUUUGCCUUCCAGAUCCAGUUUUACUACUCAGAAUUCCUGGACAGUGUGGCUGCCAUCUAUGAGGACCUGCUGUCAGGCAAGAACCCCAACACAGUGAUUGUGCCGACGUCGUCCAGUGGGCAGCACCGCCAACGACCUGCCUUGGGCGAGGCCGGCAUGCUGGAGGGCGUGGAGGCGUCGCUGUUCUACCAGUGUCUGGAAAACCUGUGUGAUCGGCACAAGUACAGCUGCCCACCCCCAGCACUUGUCAAAGAGGCCCUCAGCAAUGUUCAGAGACUGACCUUCUAUGGAUUCCUCAUGGCUCUCUCAAAGCACCAUGGAAUCAACCAAGCCCUCGGAGCUUUGCCUGAUAAGGGGGAUCUGAUGCACGACCCAGCAAUGGAUGAAGAGCUGGAACGGCUGCUGGCCCAGGUCCCAGGCCUGGUCAACUCGGUCACAGCCAGUCCAGAGGCCAGUUGCCUGCCUUCCCGGACCCCUCCCCGGGUUGGCUCUCCCUGGAGACCUCUCCAUCAUUCCCGAAAAGUGGAUGGAGAGAGUGAUGGCUCCACUGAAGAGACAGACGAGUCGGAGACUUGAGGAGUCCAAAGGGUCCUGCCCGCAGCGCCCUGUACCUGCUCCCACCCAGCCCUUGGUGUGCCCACCCAGCCUCCUCUCCAGCACCUUGCUGUGCUGCCCUCUGCUGCUGACAAGGUGAAUAACAGCCCCAAGACCAGCCAGAGGGGCUCUGAUGAUCAGCCCCGCCAGUGGCCCCGGAAGGUGAAUGGCCUGCUCCCCCUGGCCCUAUCAAUCAGCCUGUGAACUUCACUUAGGCCCCAAGCUGACAGACUGUGCUGAGGCCACCUUAUCAAGCCGUAGCCUGUUAGUCCUCCUAACAAGAGCAGUCUCUUCUGAGCCAGCCUCUGCGGGUCCCCCAAUAAGGUUCAUCUCCUCACAGCAACUCCAUUAAGGGGGAGAACCCGAAUAGCCACGCAGGGCCUUGCACCAUCAAGGGUGACACCUGCGACGCAAGUACCAGGAGGACAUAACCGCUGUGGCCUGUUGGAGAACAGCCAGUAGCCUUGGUAAUAUGAAGGGUGGGCCAGAAGAUGAUUUCACUUGCAAAAACUGCUUCAAGUCUUGACCCCUUUGUGUCUAAUAGCUAAACAAACAUGUGAAACGAAUAAAGUCCCUCGUGUCUGGUAA